GAAACGUACACAUAAGCCAACUUUUGCCGUUUCAAAAAAGGAAGAUGUAUGCAUAUUACAUACACCUAGGUAAUCACUCACCACUACCUCCAAAAACAACCAAAACUCUGAAGCUUCCUCGAAAAUUCCCAAUCGUACACCCACGCACACCCACACACACACAUAAACUCACUCUAUUUUCUGCCGAUUUGCCUCUGCCAUCAUCAAUUAGCUCAUCAAUUUUGUUCGGGGAUAUAUUGAUUUUCUUCUCCCAAACGCACAAAAAAAAAAANAAAAAAAAAAACCUGAAAUUAAUUAAACCCAAAAUCAAAAACAGAGAAGAAAAAAUGGCGUCGUCCCAAGAGGCCACGUGGCUGCUGGAAAACGGCAACGCUAAGGCUCUGAGCAAGGAGACGAGGCACGGUCGCACGGCGCACAACCUGUCGUCUUCUUCCCUUCGCAAAAAGUCGGAUCUCUCGCUCGUUUCACGGGUUCGGGUCGGGUAUUUGAGACUGUUUUUGGGUAAUUUGCAGGAGGUUUUGGUCGGGACAAAGCUCUCAUUUCUGUUCCUGGCGAUUCCAGCCGCCAUUGUUGCCGAGCAUCGAGAUUUCGCGAGUCCAUGGGUUUUUGCUUUGAGUUUGCUCGGGCUCACGCCGCUGGCAGAACGAAUCAGUUUUCUCACUGAGCAAAUUGCUUUCUACACAGGGCCAACAGUUGGAGGGCUCCUAAAUGCAACAUGUGGAAAUGCAACAGAGCUGAUAAUAGCUAUAUUAGCACUCUUGCAGCAAAAGGUUGAUGUUGUGAAGUAUUCUCUAUUGGGCUCCAUACUUUCAAACCUUCUGUUAGUCCUUGGAUCCUCCCUCUUGUGCGGCGGCAUUGCAAAUAUGUCGAAAGAGCAAAAAUUCGACCGAAAACAAGCCGACAUCAACUCGCUCCUCUUGCUGCUGGGACUAAUGUGCCAUGUGUUACCUCUGAUGUACAAAUUAUCCGGGAAGUCUUCGGAAAUAACUGGGGCCACGACACUUAACUUGUCUAGGGCCAGUUGCAUUAUCAUGCUUGUUGCCUACGUGGCGUAUCUCGUUUUCCAGUUGUGGACUCACCGGCAAUUUUUCGAAGCACAAGAGGGCGCAGAAGAUGAUGAUGAUGACGAUGUUUUGUCCGAUGAAUUAGCGGUGAUUGGAUUUUGGAGUGCGUUUAUUUGGUUAGCUUUGAUGACGGCUGUUGUAGCACUUUUAUCCGAAUACGUCGUGGCCACAAUUGAAGCUGCAUCGGAUUCUUGGGGCCUGUCGGUUAGCUUCAUUAGCGUGAUUUUGCUACCGAUAGUCGGAAAUGCAGCCGAACAUGCCGGGGCCAUCAUUUUCGCAUUCAAGAACAAAUUGGACAUAACUCUAGGUGUAGCUCUAGGCUCGGCCACUCAAAUCGCCAUGUUCGUGGUUCCGUUAAGCGUGUUAGUUUCAUGGAUCAUCGGCAUCAGAAUGGAUCUCGCUUUCAAUCUCCUUGAGACAAGCGCUCUUGCCUUGUCGAUACUCGUAACAGCUUUCACGUUACAGGAUGGAAAUUCUCAUUACAUGAAGGGACUUGUGCUUCUAAUGUGCUACCUUGUUGUUGGGGCCUCCUUUUUUUGUGUUUAGGACACCAACUCUAGAAGAAAACAGAAUGCAAGCACUCGUUUAAAUGGAGAUGAGAUCUGUGUGAGUGUAUCAGAUGUGAUUCAUUUGGGUGUUUGAAUAUAAUGAAGAGAACUGAGCAAAUAUGUAAUGUAUUUUUUAAAAUUAUUAAAUAAAAUGUGUUCUAUAGUAGGCCUACUGAACUUAUUUGUCUAGGCUUGUAAAGAGCCCAUGUUUAGGCCCGCUAAUAGAAGCGGGCAGUUACUGCGCUUAAUAACCAAGAGCCC